AUGGAGAACGGAUUCCAUCCUGCCAUGUUGAAAAUGCUGACCGAGAAAUAUUUUCCCAUCGAAUUCGACUCGCUGUUACCGGUAGAGGAGAAAAUUCCACACAUGCUAGACUGGUGGGCCAUGACACAUCAGAUAAUUGUGGAUUGUGGGAUUCAUCGCAAUGCUUUGGCGAAAACUGUUCGUGAAUGUAAUCUGGUGUUAAGAGAUAAAGUCAAAGAAUUCACGGAUCUGUUACACCAGCACCAAAUACCACUCCUUAUUUUCUCGGCUGGUUUGGGUGACGUUAUUCAACUAUUGUUGCAACGCUUCACCAUGUGUACAGACAAUGUACGCGUCGUGUCCAACUUUAUGAUUUUUAACGAUGAGGAUGUUCUGGUGGGUUUUGAGGAACCAGUUAUUCAUACAUUCAAUAAAUCAGCAUCCAGCAUACCUGCACUAAUUUCCGCGGGUUCACAGGCCACACCCAGGCGAACUUCUGUCUUGUUGUUGGGUGAUUCGACUGGGGAUGUGCAUAUGGCUGAUGGAGCAACUGUGGACGAUCCGGAGGGCCUUUGUGGAAUUGUGUUGCGAAUCGGUUUCCUAAAUGAUCAGGUGGAGAAAAAUCUCGACAUAUACAAAUCUCUGUACGAUAUCGUGCUAGUUGAUCCCGCGAAUUUCACAAUACCCUUGUCAAUCGUUCGAUUCGUCCUCCGGCUGGAUGAUACUCCUGAUUCUCGUGGAGAGGCCCUGCCGAACUCAUCCAGGGACUAA